UCAAAUGAGAUUUCUGGUCUCUUCCUAUUCCACCUUCUUCUUCUUCACCAAAAGCCCAGCGAGCUUCUCUAACUCGCUGAAGAACGCCAUUUUCUCACGCGGCAUGAGCUCGAGUGUUUCAGCCAUGGAUUGCAAUUCAAGCUGUAUAUUAGUGUUGAGCGGAAAAUCGGCGGCGGAGGAUAAAAUUGCGGAGGCGCUGAAGAACACCAACGCUUUGAAGCUCGGUGACGAGAGUGAGCUUUCGAUUCUGUUGGCCUCGGAAUCGGAGAAACCGUUCAAGGCCGGCGACGGUUUUGGAAUCGAGUCGUUCAUGAAGUCUCUCUCCACCGAUCGGUUCGGUCGGUUGCUUCUUUGGUCGCCGCGGUUGCCGUCGACGCAGGACGUGGUUUCUCAGAAUUUCUGUGAGAUUCCGAACGGUGCCGUUUGUGUUGCUGAUGUUCAGUACAAAGGGAGAGGCCGGUCGAAGAAUGUGUGGGAGUCUCCCAAAGGCUGUUUGUUGUUUUCUUUUACUCUACAGAUGGAGGAUGGGCGGGUUGUGCCGCUGAUACAAUAUGUGGUGUCUCUAGCCGUCACGGAGGCGAUUAAGGAUGUCUGUGAUAAAAAUGGUUUGCCAUAUGUUGAUGUUAGAAUAAAAUGGCCAAAUGAUCUAUAUUUAAAUGGCCUUAAAGUUGGAGGCAUUUUAUGCACGUCAACAUACAAGUCGAAGAAGUUCAAUGUGUCUGCUGGUAUUGGCUUGAAUAUCGAUAAUGAGAAACCGACCACGUGCUUGAAUGCAGUACUUAGAGAAUUGUCUUCUACAACAUACCGAUUUAGAAGAGAAGAGAUUCUAGCUGCUUUCUUUAACAAGUUUGAGAAGUUUAAUGAUCUUUUUAUAAAUCAAGGAUUUCAAUCUCUGGAGGAGCUAUACUAUAAGACAUGGCUACACAGUGGCCAGAGGGUUAUUGUGCAGGAAAAGAGUGAUGACCAAGUGGUAGAGAACGUGGUCACCGUUCAGGGUCUAACAUCAGCGGGAUAUUUGUUAGCUAUUGGUGAUGACAAUCAGAUGUGUGAACUCCAUCCUGAUGGCAAUAGUUUUGACUUCUUCAAGGGAUUAGUCAGACAAAAACUUCACUAAACGGGAUGCGGUGGCACCUUGCAUCACUGGCUAGAUCUCACUGCGUUGUGUGCACUGCUGGAGAAUGUUUGGUCUUUAUAUCACUUCAUUUGUCCUUAAACUUCUGUCAUUUUAUUUUAUUCUUUUUUAUAUUUUGUUUAGUUGCUCUUUCCCUAUAGAUCUCUUACAUACUUAGAUCUGUAUUUUCUUGCUUGGUGCUGUCAGUAUGCAUGAUUGCAACCACUGUACUUUGUUACUUACAAACAAAGGCGAAGAUUAUGUCAAGUAAUCAAUAUUUGUUGAAAAUCCUGCUAUCCUACCCUGCCUUGAAGU